CACGCACACGCACACGCACACGCACACACGCACACGCACACACACACACACACACACACACACACACACACACACACACACACCAGGUUAUUUGUGGGCUUUCCUGUUUGUAAUCCAUCUGGUAAUUGGAUAGUCUGUCAUUUACAACGCUCUAUUUAAUUCAAAAUACACAUUCUGUUCACUCCACCUUCCUAACAGUUAAAGUCCUCCAAACGAUCCAGACACUGCAGGGGAAAUACUGUAUAUAUAUACUGAAUAUACUUCAGAAUAAACUGAUGAAACCUUGAAACUGUUGUAAUACUUAUUAUGUUUUGCUGCGAGCUAAACCAGAUUUGUUUGCUGAACGCCACAGAUACCACAGUGUGGAUUACAGUCAGACUAACCGAAUCUUAAGGGCAACAUUGACAAGCUCUCUGUGGGUGUGUGUGUUUGUACAUGUAUGUGUGUGUUUGUGUGUUUGUGUGUGUCUAUUAGAAGUUCACUUCUCUGAGAGCAAUCAUCAUAUAAUUAUGUCAGGCAGAGGUACUGGUGAAGGGAAGUGCCUCACUGCAAAAACACAAACAAGAUAACUUCUCAUGGGAAGCAACGCUGAAGUAGAUUCUCUGGUGAUGGACAUAAACAUUGUGCUCAUGUAUCUGCCAUUCCCAGCCACAAACACUACUUGUAGCUCAGUGCACCAAAGUGCUUAGGGAAUUUCUUAGGAAUGUUGACCUUGUCUACGGAUAUAUUAUUGAAGAGCUUGUGAUGCCAGAUUCAUUAUAGAAGGUCUUGUGGUGCUAUAAAGAAACAAAGUGAAGAGAGACUCAUUUCCAGUUCAAAGUGGACACACCAAAGAACAGUAUCAGUCAAAUGUUUGUACACACCUACUCAUUCAAAGGUUUUUCUUUAUUUUUACUAUUUUCUACAUUGUAGAAUAAUAGGGAAGACAUCAAAACUAUGAAAUAACACAUAUGGAAUUGUGUAGUAACCCAAAAAGUGCUAAUGAAAUCAAAAUAUAUAUUUUAGAUACUUCAAAGUAGCCAUCCUUUUCCUUGAUGACAGCUUUGCACACUUUUGACAUUCUCUCAACCAGCUUCACCUGGAAUGCUUUUCCAACAGUCUUGAAGGAGUUCCCACAUAUGCUGAGCACUUGUUGGCUGCUUUUCCUUCACUCUGCGGUCCAACUCAUCACAAGCCAGGUCAUCUAAUGCAGCACUCCAUCACUCUCCUUCUUGGUCAAAUAGCCCUUACACAGUCUGGAAGUGUGUUGGGUCAUUAUCCUGUUGAUAAACAAAUGAUAGUCCCACUAAGCACAAACCAGAUGGGAAGGUGUAUCGCUGAAGAAUGCUGUGUUAGCCAUGCUGGUUAAGUGUGCCUUGAAUUCUAAAUUAAUCACAGAUAGUGUCAAGAGUAAAGCACCCCCACACCAUCACACCUCCUCCUCCAUUUUUCAUGGUGGGAACUACACAUGCAGAGAUGAUCCGUUCACCUACUCUGUGUCUCACAAAGACACGGUGGUUGGAGCCAAAAUAGUAAAAAUAAAUAAAAACCCAUUAAUGAGUAGGUGUGGCCAAGCUUUUGACUGGUACUGUACAUAUUUACCUCAUAAGACCUUGAGUUCCUCAUUGUAAUUAUGAUGAAUAAACUCAAAUGUUGACUGAAACACCUUUGUUUAAAACAGUGUUUACUCUUUAGGUAUACUUUAGGUAUACUUUAGGUAUACCAACAAUAGUUGGAGACACCAUAUACAUUGUCAACCAAGACCAUAUGUUCCUUAUUACAGUGAAACAGCAUCAGACCCUGUCCUCCUGAGUGAGGUCCACCAAAAGGCUCUGUCCUUUGGAGAUAACUUCACUAAGGGAUAACUUCACUAAGGGAUAACUUCACUAAGGGGCCUCAACUCACAGGCUUUUGUCAUCCUUCUGCUUGAUCUCCACCGAGAGGUCUCUGACCAUGAAGGACCGCCUGGAGGAGCUGCGUCAGAGGGCCCAGGGUUUUCGGGAGGUGAGCAGAGAGACAGAUGAUACCCCAUUCCCUGAGGAAGAUCCUAACCCAGAUGCCCCAUUGGGGGUUAAGAUCGCCGCCACGCAGCAGGCUGUGGUGUUCGAGCAAGAACCAGUCCUGCACAACUUCCUGUCCGAGGCUCAGCAUAUCCGCGGUGACAUCACUGAGCUGGAAACAGAGGUGAAGAAGUUCAGCCAGCAACAAAGGACCCUGGUGGCAACCAUGCGUCGUUUCAGUGUGAUGAAGAAGGACAGUGAUGUGACGACGGACAUCAAGCUGCAGGCAGAGAGCAUCCACAGACGGCUGGACGCCCUCUCCAAGAAGGCACAGAGUUUAGAAGACAUGCAGGGACUGGCUACAGCCACUACACGCAUCCAACGCUCCCAACACGCAGCACUACACAGACAAUUCCAACAGGUGAUGUGUCUGUACAACAACUCCAUCCUCAGUAAACAGGAGCAUUGUAAAAACUUCAUCAUCCGCCAGCUGGAGGUGUUUGGUCGUGACGUCACCGAGGAGGGAGUCGAUGAAAUGGUUGCCACAGGGAAGUGGGAGGUGUUUAACCAGAACCUCCUCAACGAGGAACGCAUCACACGCGCUCAGCUGUCCGAGAUCGAGCAGAGACACAAGGAGCUACUGAAUCUGGAGAGCAACAUGAAGGAGCUGAGAGAACUGUUCAUGGAUAUCUUUAUGUUGGUGGAGGAGCAAGGAGGCUACAUAGACAACAUCCAGACCAGCGUAGAGAAGACACGGGACUACGUCACCGUCACUAACGAGAAAUUUAAAAUGGCCACCAGGUACAAGAAGAAGAACCCUCUAAGGAGACUGUGCUGCUGUUGCUGCCCCUGGAGGUGCUGCACAUAGAGAAGGGACAAGUCCCCUGAACACUGGAGAUAGCCCUGGAGGUUUUUCAGAUAGGGAAAGGAAGAGCUCUGGUGUGGAGUGUCUACAGGUAUGGGAGGGAAAUCUGUAGGGUGGCAUGGCAGAACAGUGUUCAGAGAAGAUUUAAGCCCAUUACAGUGGUCAGAAAUCAUCCAGGAACAAGAGGUUUGUAAGAGGCUGUGCAGUUGAAGCAGGGUGGGAGUCAGUGUCUCCACUCAUGAGGGACAACUUUAACGCAAGACAUAAUGCAUUUUGAGAAUCAGCAACACUGCUUACGUUUUCAAAACUGUCUCCUUUUUCAAAACUCUACACACAAUUCCCAAAACUGCACACACAAAAUGCAAAAUGCCUCACAUCUCCUUCAAAAUGUAACACUGCAUUCAAAAUGCCAUAAACACACGUCAGAAUGAAGCAUUUGCAUCAAAUCGCAAACACUGCUUUCAUAAUACUAAAUUUUUGGAUAUUCCAUGUAAACACUGUUGUUCUAAAUCUAAAGCUCUUUGGUCUUUCAUAGGCUUGUUGUGUGUGUGGGGUCCCGAGGGGGGGGGGGG